GCCUAACGGUUAGAAGAAAAUUUGCAAAAUGGAGCACCAUAGAUAAAUUUGCAAAAGUAAGCACUAUAGAUCUUUUGCCAAAAGCAAAUCUUUUGUCAAAAGCAAAAGUGAGCAUGCAUGAUUAGACUUGUCCUGCACCUGGGUAAAUCAACGACCCAAGCAAGUCAAGUUGCGUAUAACAUGAUCUCUCAUCCAACUUGUUUCUUUCUAUCUCUCUCUCUCUUGCGCUGGAUUAUUUCCAUCAGGGUUCUGGAGAAGCUUCAACUCGAUGAGUCUUUCAUUUUAGAUAUCUCUAGAUCCUAAUAUUUCCUAAUCAAUAUCUUUCUUGAUUCAGAGAAGUGAUUAUGUUGGUGAAGGAGAUUCGAAUUCAGUGACCCCGGGUGCGUUCAGGGUAGAUUCUAACUGAGAUGUAUGUCAGUUGUAUAUAGGGGAUUUUGGCUUAAUUAAAUAAAUAAUUUCAUAUUUUGUCAUAGUUAACGGACCCCUUAUGAAUAUACAUGUGUGUAUAUGUUAUGAAAUAGAUCCGGAUUGCGGGUUAUGAAAAAUAUAAAUGGAUGGAUUUGCAGGUUAUGAAAUAUAAAUAGUGGGGUUUGCAGGUUAUUAGUAUGGCUUCUUCCUCUUCGUCUGCUGCUGCUAUCUCGUCACCUCCAAGAAAGUAUGAUGUGUUUCUUAGUUUCAGAGGUGAGGACACCCGCAACAAUUUCACCAGCCACCUUCGUGCUGCUUUAGAUCGAAAGAAACUUGACACCUACAUAGAUGACAAACUUGAGAGAGGGGAUGAAAUCAGACCUGCCCUUCUAGAAGCUAUUGAGAAAUCAAAGCUUUCGGUGAUCAUUUUCUCAAAAAACUACGCUUCUUCCACAUGGUGUCUGGAUGAACUCGUCCAUAUACUAGGAUGCAAGGAAAGGGGUGGACAGUUUGUUAUACCCUUUUUUUACGACAUCAGUCCACAGGAUGUACGAAAACAACAGGGGAGUUAUGUAGAUGCAUUUGCCGAGCUUGAAAAACGUUUCGAGGACUGUAUGGACAAGGUGGUUAAGUGGAGGGAUGCUUUGGAGAAAGCUGCCAACCUAUCUGGUUAUGACAAUUCAAACAAAGCAGGGACAGAGGCCGAUUCCAUUGAGAAACUUGUCCAAGAUAUAUUGAACAAAUUGGAUUGCAAAAGCUGAAGUAAUUUAAAGGGCCUAGUUGAAAUUGAAACCAAAGUUGAGCAAAUUGAAUCGUUACUAUGCCUUGAUUCACCGG